AUGGGUUCGCAGAGAGAAGCUAUGCUAUCAGAAUUGACUGUUUAUAGAGGCUUAUUGGUCCAGGUGAUCAACGCUGUGGAUCAACAGUUGCAAGAUUUUCAAUACCUGCUUUUUGGUGUUGUGACGGAACAUGACUACGCCAAAAAGGCUAGUCGGUAUUUAUCGUUUACGAUCUUUCUGCCACUGAUUCUUCUGGUGCUUUCUGCGACGGGGCUGACGUUUCUGGUCGUCAGGUGUAUAUUUAAUUUCGGAAACAAGGAAGCUGACGAAGAGUUUCCUAUAAGAAAUGAGCUCUCGGAUAUUGGUGCAAAAACCCUUAAUAUCGGUGGUUACUUGGCACUUUUUAUCACAUCUUUGCUGUUUUUGAUGCUAGCACUAUUCUUCACAACUGCUUUCACAUCUAUGUUCGUCUGCAUGGGCUUAUUUGAAGAUUACGAUUUACGUUUGCUUCAUGCUCUCCCAACACAAGAAUUCAAAAUGAAGCUCGGUAAACAUGAAGUGAGAUUCACCCUUUAG